UGCAUUGACAGUGAAAGCAGUGGUCGUAUGAGUGGACGAGUAGUGAGUGAUUGGAACAUAACUGCAAUGAGUAGUGAAUGAGUGACCCAUUGGUGACACUCUGACAGUGACUGACAGUUCGUGCGACACAAACAUGUGGUCCGUGAAGAUCCCGAAGGAGUUUCUCGACCGCAAGCAUCUCAUCAGCAAUAAAGCGUACAAAAAACUGAUUCGCGAAGAGAAGAAGCGACAGCUCGCAGAGGAAUACCUUCGAGGCUAUGGUAUCGCAAAUGUGGAUCAAUUGCUGCAGAAAUUUCUGCCCAAACCACUGGUGCUCGAGGAGGAGGUGCUCAUCACCCACAGGGACGUCGGCAUCGACUGCACCCUCGGUUCGUAUGACUGA